AUGUCAGUGAUGCCUGGUAAUUUGUCACUCAAUGGGACGAGCUUCUUCAGUGAAAAUUCUGGCAUCGAGGACAAAACCAGUGAGCAGAGGACUUGGAAUGUCUUUCUGUUCUGCUUGACUCUUACCAUUGCAUUCCCAGCCCUUCUGAGCAGCAUUUAUUCAGUAGUUUCCCUGCUGAAAAUGCAGAACAAAACCACAGUGUCGAUGAUUGUGACCUCCUUGGCAGUAGAUGAUUUGAUCAGCAUCAUGCCACUGAUUAUUUUCAUGCUCAUGCAGUGGUCGAGUGAAGGCCUCCCCCAGCCUCUGUGCACCACCUCAGCACUUAUGUAUUUAUUCCAGGGCAUUUCUAGCAACCUGAAAGGGUCACUUUUAGUUUCUUACAACUUCUACACCAUCAACACGGCUGAGACGCUGAGCUGCAGCCCUUCCAAGCGUCGUGUGAGCGUGGUAUGGGCCAUCCUCAUCACCUGGAUUGUGGGUUUGCUGAUCUGCAUUCUGCCCCUCUGCGGUUGGGGCCGGUACAUCCCCACCUCCUGGGGCUGCUUCACCGACUGUGCCAGUUCCUACAUCCUGUUUGUGUUCCUUGUGUACUCCCUGUGCGUGUCCCUGCUGGCAGUGCUGGCUGUGCCCCUCACUCACCAGCUGCUGUGCUCGGCUGGGCCGCAGCUCUCACACACCGACUACCUGGAGGUCCCUGGAGGCUUCACCUCCCCCGGGACACCCGCGGCUGCCCCGGCGCUGUCCCCGCUGGACCCCGCGGAUAAAGCCCUGCAGCACUGCCAGGACUCGGGGGCAGUUUUGGGCAAGGGCGUGGCCGGGAGCGGUGCCCUCAUGAGCAGCUCACAGAGCAGGAGCUCCACGGUGGGCUUUGCCCAGAAACGGUUCUCGCUGAUCCUUGCGCUGACCAAAGCUGUUCUCUGGCUCCCCAUGAUGGUACAGAUGGUUGUCCAGUACAUCACUGGUGUGCAGAGCCUUGUGUUUGAGGCCCUGAGCUUCCUGCUGAGCGCGCUGGCUGCCACGGCCACCCCGCUGUUCGUCCUGUCAGAGCACUGGCUGCACCUGCCCUGUGGCUGCAUCAUCACCUGCAGGAGGGAGCCCUGGGCAGGGCCUUCAGGAGAUCUCACAACCAAACGCAGGGGUUUUGAGUUCAACCUGUCCUUCCAGCAAGGUUAUGGAAUCUACAGAAUAUCCCAGGAGAACCACCCCCACCACAGCAGUGAUGGUAAAUCCACGUCCUGCCACAGCCUGGUGGGCUCUGACUGCGAGGCCCUGGAGCCUGGCAGAGGGAGUGGUGGUGGGCCUGGGCCCAGCCCCCCGUCUGCAGGGGCCUGCAGGGGCGAGCAGGGCACACACUGUGACCCACCAGCCAUCCCUGAAGGACCAGAGUGGAGGUUGUCCCACGAGGAAAGCCAUAAACCUGAGCUCACGGAUUGGGAAUGGUGCAGGAGGAAAUCCGAGAGGACCCCUCGGCAGCGCUCGGGCGGGGCCCUGGCCACCCCUCUGUGUGCCUUCCAAGGGACUGUGUCUCUGCAGGCUCCCACCGGGAAGACCCUCUCGUUAUCCACGUACGAGGUGAGCUCUGACGGGCACAAAAUCACCCCCAUGGCCAAGAAAAUCGAGGUGUUUCGGUCCAAGAGCGUCGGGCACGAGCCCAGCCCGGAGGGGUCCCCUCACACCAACGUUAAGAUUCAUCUGGAGGUGCUGGAGAUCUGUGACAAUGAGGAGGCCCUGGACACCGUGUCCAUCAUCAGCAACAUCAGCCAGUCCUCCACCCAGGCCAGGUCCCCCUCCCUGCGCUACUCACGGCGGGAGAACAGGUUUGUGUCCUGCGAGCUGGGGGAAAGCGCCUCCUACUCCCUGUUCAUCCCGUGCCACAGCCCCGGCAGGGACAUCAGCAUCUCCAUCCCCGACACCGUGGAGGGCCAUCGCAGCAGCAGCAGGCAGCACGUGGGCACGGGGCACCAGGAGGAGAUCCAGCUGCUCAACAAGGCCUACAGGGAGCGGGAGGGCCAGGGCAGCAGCGGCUGAGGGGGUUCUGUGCUCUGCAGCUGCUCUGCCACUGCUCCCCUGGGCUCCAGGUGCCCACACAAAUGCAGGGGCAGCUGGCUUUUCCUAACGUGAAUUUUAUUUGGGUACACUGUUAAAUCCAUUCAAACUGUUAAUGCUCUGUCAAGGGGAUAACAAACGCUCAAGUGCUUUACGGCUUUGCAUAGUGAAUUUCAAGUUAUUUAUUUAUAUACUAUUUAUUUGAGGAACAUACAUGUCUAGAGGGAAUCCUAAAUAAAGUCUUACAGUCCAGCUUUGGUGUUGUUGGCACUGGGUGCUGUGUCUGUGGGACCCUGAGGAAAUGAGGGAGCAGCUCCACAGCUGGGAAGUUACAGUAGUGUUGACUCACUUGCAGUUCUUUUCAGCAUCUAAAUCAAAAAAAUCCUAAAAAUAUUUGAAUUUAUAUUUCCUUUAGAAUGUGUGGUUUUCACGGUGUUAAAGGAGAUGAUGGAAAUGCAGGAGGUUCGUGCAUGGAGAUGGAAAUUGCUCUGGCAGCAAAAUCCCACUGGUUUCAAACGUGAGCACUGCUUGGGUGUCCAGAUACACUGUCAUGGAUUGUUACUGGAGCAAACAGGAGCAAACUGUCAAAACCACCCAAGUGACUCAGCACCAGGCACGUCUCUGUCCUGGACAUCUAAAUAACAGAACCAGAGUGCUGGAGUGUUGGACUGACUGUCAUCAGCUGUGGGCAGACAAAAAAGAGAGAAUGGUUUCCUUUGGAAGAAGCAAUCCUUCAACUGGAUAUUGAAAGUCAGUAUGUGAUACUGUGUGUCAGAGAUCUAAAUGCUGGAAAUCCUGAAACGUGAGUAAAUCACACCAACAAGGGAGAAAA